AAGAAAGACUAUUAUCCAAAGAAAACAAAGAUGGGUUCCUAUUCCAAUGAGAAAGAGAGCAAUAUAGUGGAAACUAUCACUCCACAAACAGAAACAGAUGAUAGUGAUACCCUCUUAGCCAUGGUUCUAGGUGCCAAUUUGGUGUUUCCUGCUGUUCUUAAUGCUGCUAUUGAACUCAACCUGUUUGAAAUCAUUGCUAAAGAAAGCAUUGAUGGAUUCAUGUCAACCUCUGAAAUUGCUUCAAAGCUACCAGCUCAACACUCCGACUUACCGAAUCGGCUAGAACGUAUGCUGCGCAUGCUUGCUAGCUACUCUCUUCUUUCUGUUUCGACUCGCGCCAAUGACGACGGUACCACCGUGAGAGUUUACGGAAUCACAUCUUCAGGAAAGUACUUUGUUGAUGAUGAAAAUGAUGGUGGUUAUUUGGGCUCAUUCACAUCAUUUAUGUGCCACCGCGCUUUGUUAGGGGUCUGGUUGAAUUUUAAGGAAGCUGUCAUUGAUCCAGAGAUUGACCUAUUCAAGAAAGUUAAUGGAAUAUCCAAAUAUGAGUACUUUGGGAAAGAUCAACAAAUAAACAAACUAUUCAACAAAUCAAUGACUGAUACAUGCAAUGUUCACAUUAAAAGAGUCCUUGACAUAUACAAAGGAUUUGAGGGAGUAUCAACUUUGGUUGAUGUAGGAGGUGGCAAUGGACAAAGUCUCAAAUUGAUUAUAGAAAAAUAUCCAUCUAUAAAAGCAAUCAAUUUCGACCUUCCACAAGUCAUUGACAAUGCCGCACCCGUCCCAGGUAUUGAACAUGUUGGAGGAAGUAUGUUUGAGAGUAUUCCAGAAGGAGAUGCCAUAAUACUUAAGGCUGUAUGCCAUAACUGGUCAGAUGAACAAUGCAUAGAAAUUUUAAGUAACUGUCACAAAGCUCUACCUCCAAAUGGAAAGGUGAUUUUCAUAGAGCUCGCGCAACCGGAAGAUCCAGAACCAACGAAUGCAUCGAAGAUGAUCUCAAUUAUUGAUAACAUCAUGUUUAUCACAGCUGGUGGAAGGGAAAGAACUCCAAAACAGUAUGAGAAUUUGGGUAAACAGGCUGGAUUUUCUAAGCUUCAUGUUGCUUGUCGCGCUUUCUCCAUCAUCGGAGUCAUGGAACUUUACAAAUAACCAACUCACAUUGGAUCGAACCUGAGUAUAUGAUGAAGAACUUCCAUAUGUUCCUAUAAUUGAUUGCAUGAUUUCAUUUCUUUUCAUGUAUUAUGAUUUUUCCUUUAUUUUUCAUGUAUUAUGUUUUUCAUUCUUUUCAUGUAAUGUUUUAUGCCUUUGUGUGAAUGUUACUAUUCUUCCAGCUUGAAGUAUAUCUUUAUAGUCGUUUUGGACAUCGAAUCGGCGUUUUGUAAGUCAAUUUGGCCUUAAAUGUGUUCUUCUAUCCCAA